AAAUAAGUUAGAUUAUGGUUCAUACAUCUUCCGAACAUCACAUGAAUUAUUUUAUUCAAUUUCUGUUGUUACAAUCUGAUUGUUGAAAACAUAAAAUACGUACCUCUUUCGAAAUUCAUAUUUCUCGCUUGAAGAUCAGGAGUUCCACUGUGAACAUCUUCCUUUGUUUUAAACUACAUACAUACAUACAUACAUAUAUAAAUGUAUAAAUCCCGAAAUUCACACUUAUUAUUAUAUUAGUUAAACGUAAUUAACGCAAGGGCCGGUUAAAGAAGAGUUACUCGUUCCUUACUUUUCGGAAAAAAAACAUUAAAUAUGGAAUAUAAUACAAGACGACGACCUGCAACUAAUGGCGAGUCUACGAGUGAUCCUGAGAAUAUUUAUUUACACGAUUUACAAAUAUACAAUGAACCACCGUUACAAGGGACGAUACGACUUGCAGAUUACCAAAAACUGGGUGUAGACAGAUUAAAAGUCCUACAAUAUGUUGAAAGUAAUGCAGCAAGGACAGAUCUUAAAGCAAUAGAAGAACGCAAACUACAUCUAAGUACAGCAUUAAAGAAAGAUGGGCUUAAAGACUAUGCGCAUCUCUUAUACGGAAAGGGAUGUAGUUCAUCCACAGAUAUGGAUAUAGCUUGUAGAAAAAUGGAUCAUUUAUCACAUUAUAUAUUAAAACUGGCAUUUUGUCAAGAUACAGAUCGUGAAAUGUGGUUUAUUAAACAAGAAGUAGAGCUUUUUAAAUUGAGAUUUAGCUCCUUAAAUAAAGAAGGUGUUGAAAAAUUGCUCAGUAAGCACGAAAUAGACUGUCAACAGGUUACACAAGAGGAAAAAGAUGAACUUAGGGAAGAACUUAGUACAUCUACCGCAAAAAUUACAAAUAUCGACACAACAGAUUUUUAUAAAGUGCCUUUUCAAAAGGUCACAGACUUAAUUAGAGGACGGAAAGUUUAUUUAAGUAAAGGAAUAGCGUAUAUACCGCAUAUAGAGUUGAUAUCUUUGUUUACUUCAUAUUUCCGAAAGAUUUUAAUUGAUGAUAUGGAUGGCGCAAGAUGCUGUAUGAUAAGGAUAAGUGAAGACCAAAGAAUGAUCACGUAUUAUAAGACUUUAAAUCGUACUUUCUGCACUGCAACUCAGGUCGUUUGGACUACAGACAGUACACCUAUAGAAAAGUUGGAUGAGUUGUCAAAGACUUCGUAUCCUUUGUGCAUGAGAGUAUUACACGAGGCACUUAAAACUAAUCACCACCUUAAAAACGGUGGGCGUAUCCAAUACGGUUUAUUUAUAAAAGGCAUUGGUGUGACUUUAGAAGAUUCUUUACGUUUCUGGAAAACAGAAUUUACUAGGAAAAUAGAUCCAGAAAAAUUUGAACGAAAUUAUGCAUAUACUAUAAGACAUACUUAUGGUAAAGCGGGUAAACAGACAAAUUACACUCCUCUUGGAUGUCCAAAAAUUAUGAAUUCAGCUGUAGGUCCUGGAGAAUAUCAUGGUUGUCCAUAUAAGCACAUGGAUCCCGCAUCAUUAAAGCAAAAACUAUUUAAUUACGGCGUACCUCCAGCAACCAUCGGCGAAAUAGCUGAGUUAGUCAAAGAGAGAAAUUAUCAUAUAGCUUGUGCCGCAUAUUUCAAAGCUGCACAUAACCAGUUACCAGAGAAACCUAUUCUUCACCCCAAUGGAUAUUUUAUGGAAAGUCGAGCUAUAUUAGCUAAAAAAAAUCCUACAGAAAAUGAAAACAAGGAAAGACUCUCACAGAGUGGAAGAUUUAGUGAUAGAGUGGGCACUCCUAGACGAAUUGAUAGAAGCAUUGCGACACCUUUAAGAAAUAUUGGUACACCUUCGAGGAAUGCUGGUACACCUUCAAGGAAUGCUGGUACACCUUCGAGGAAUGCUGGUACACCUUCGAGGAUUACUGGUACACCUCCAGGAACUGCUGGUACAUUUUCAAAGGAUGUCGUUAUACCUUCCACAAGCACAGGAGAUACUACACCAUUGCCAAAUACUAUGCAUGAAAGAAGCAGCAUGACUCCAGUUAGAACUACAAAAGCUAUUCCCAAGCGAAUAGCAAAUGAUCUUACCGCCGACGAAAUCGCUGAAUUAAUAAACGAAGACAUGUAAAAUCGGUUGUAAAAAGCUUAUUUCUUAGAUUUAUUCUUAUUAAACUGCGUAUUUUAUAUUUCAUGUAUGUAUAUUUGUAAUAUUUUCAAUUUUGUUU